AUGCCAGUCUCUUUCUACGACGAGAUUGAGCUGGAGGACAUGGUGUACGACGAAGAGAAGGACCUCUUCCACUACCCAUGUCCCUGCGGCGACCGCUUCGAGAUCACGCGCCAGCAGCUCAAGGACGCCGAGGACGUCGCCAGGUGUCCGAGCUGCUCGCUCAUCAUCCGCGUCGUCUUUGACCCCAUCGACUUUGAGGACGACGACGAGGACGAGGCGCCGGUCAGCAAGAUCGAGACCGCCAACACCACCGUCGCGGCGGCAGCCUAA